AUGUGCGGGAACAUCCCAACGGAUCCCUAUCUAUCUAUCUAUCUAUCUAUCUAUCUAUCGUUUUUGCUAGUAUGUGUAUAUAUAUUCCUUCUUCAUAUCUAUCUAUCUAUCUAUCUAUCUAUCUAUCUAUAUAUAUAUAUAAUUGAUUUUAUAACAUAUUUAUGUUAUAAUUUUCGAAUAAAUAAUUAUAUCUAUCUAUCUAUCUAUCUAUCUAUCUAUCUAUCUAUCUAUCUAUCUAUCUAUCUAUUUUAUCUAUCUAUUUUAUCUAUCUAUCUAUCUAUCUAUCUAUAUAUCUAUCUAUAUAAACACUUUUCUUCUUUGUUAUUCGACAACCCCCCCCCUUUCAGUUUCUUGCUGUCUUUGAUUAUCUUUUACUCAGGAAUUUAUUUUUCCUUACUUUUUCUGUUUUUUUUCUACUUCUUUUUUCCUUUUCUCUUUUUUACCGCUCAUAGGUUGUUUUCACUAACUUAUUUAUUCGCCAUUUGUCUUUUAACCUUCUUCCUUAUUUUUUUCAUUGUUAUCAUCUUUCAAUCUCAUUCGUCAGUCUUUCUUCAUUUUCUUCAUGCUUUUAUCUUUUUUUUUGUGAUUUAUCGUUAUUCUCCCUUUUCCCUCUUCUAUUGCUUGUCCAUUCUUCUUUAUCUUUCUGAUGAUUUAACAUGCAAUUUUAAUUGCCUUACUUUUCUCUUCGGAUAUUUAUUUUCGAUUCUUGUAUUUCUCGCCACCUUUUCAUAUUCUUUUAUUUAUAGCUUUUUAAAAGAUUUUUCUUUUUAUUUAUCGUGCAAACCACCAUCUCCUUUGAUCUAUCUAUCUAUCUAUCUAUCUAUCUAUCUAUCUAUCUAUCUAUCUAUCUAUCUAUCUAUCUAUCUAUCUAUCUAUCUAUCUAAAUAA